GCCGGCGCGUGAGCCCCAGUAGAUCUCCAGCGGUCAGCGGAGGCAGAUAUAAUAGAGAACAGACGGUUAAAGCGACCAACACCGGAGCAGACGGAACCUUUUCUGGACUAAAGUUGGACCCAGGAGCAGUGAAGACUCACCAGUCCGAACCCGGAGCCGGUAGAAGGUGUUAAAUAUCCGCGCUGCGCAAUUUCUCCUGUUUCUGAUCCGAACAAGCUGCGAAGUGAGAGGACAGCCAUGAUUUCCCCCCUGUGCCUCGUGUUGAUGCUGUCCGCCUCCGUCCUCUCAGAGUCGCAGGUCAGGGAGACGGAGACCUGGAUGCCCAUGAGCACCACGCAGACGGUUGCCAUGUCGACGGACGGCGGCGACCCGGAGGCAUCGGGAGACUCUUCGAACGGCUCCGACUUCGGUUUCACAGACGAUGAAGACGACGAUUAUUACAAUGAACAAGACGACGUGUCCGGAUCCGGAGAAGGAGAAACCGGGUCCAGACCUUCAGCCAAGCCCGACUUUGACAACCGGAUCCCUGACCUGCCGGACCCGGUGCGACCAACAGACGACGAGGUGGACCUGGUGAAGAACCGAAACGAGUUUCCUCGGCUGGGCGGCGAACCCAGAGCCAAGGAGGAGAACCCGUCCAACGUUCUGAUGUCCCAGGCCAGAGGGGACAGCAUCUUCAACAAGACGGAGGUCCUGGCAGCUGUGAUCGCCGGCUGCGCCGUCUGCCUCAUGUUCGCCGUGCUCCUCAUCCUCCUCCUCAUCUACCGCAUGAAGAAGAAGGACGAAGGCAGCUACGACCUGGGGAAGAAGCCCAUCUACAAGAAGGCCCCCACCACAGAGAUCUACGCGUAGGCCCCGCCCCCAGCCCCGCCUCCUCCUCCCUGACCUCACGCACACACAAACACACACCUCAGCCGUAAAAACCCGACGGGCCGACCGGCGGCCCUGCAGUGCCUCGUCUUCAUCAGCUGGUGUUUCUUCAGCGGCGUGGCCUCGACCAAUUGACUGACUCCGCCUCCUGAUGCGUACGAAUCUCACUGACCAAUCGGAGGCCGAGUUUCCUGGCAGGUUGGAGGUUUCCGCUGCGGUACGCCGCGUUUCCCGGGAAAAACAACAGAAUGAACUUUUCCUGCUAAACACUAACAGAUGUUAUUUAUUCGCUCGUCUUCCUCCGUCUGCAGUUUCUGUCUCCUUUCUUUUUUCUUCUUUUUGGAUGGAAAAGUUUUUCAGACUGCUUUUAUUUUGAAAAGGCGUGUAGCCGUUAGCUGUGCUGUUAGAUCACAAUCAUGUUAAUAAUUUGAAUUCAUCUGCUGGAGUCCCAGAGGCCGGCCUGCGUCUCUUCUGUAAAAGAUGUUUCAUUAAAACGGACUUCUGAUUCCUCGGCUCCGUUUCCCUUCCUGCCCGCCGAUCCGGAGCGCCGACGAUCCGGAGCGCCGCCAACGGCCCGAGUCCCGGCAGGAAAACGCAGAGCGCCUCCGCUGCUGGGAAGGAGUGAAAAUCCUCAGGAUGUUUAGGAAUGAUCGCCGCCGUGCCUCCAGUUUGGGACGAAUGUUUAGCAGAAAUGAAUUUUCUGAGGAGUUUCCAGGGUUACAACCCGACUCGCGUCUCCAAUCCCCCUUCCCUUCACAAAUCCGAUGUGCGGAAGGUGAAAAUCCUCCGUUUCCUCUGGAAAACCUUUCUGUCUGGUUUUGGUUCUGUUUUCUUUCGUCGCGACUUUCCUGGAUAAGCUACACCGACCGUUUCCUCCAGUCCGCCUGAGACGCCACCAGCAGAAAUCUUCAUUUGUUCAGUGCAGCUGGUGUUUCUGUGGCGGAGACGGCCGGACCGGACCGGACCUGGACUGGACCCGGACUGGACCGGACUGGACCUGGACUGGACCUGGACCGGACCGGACCUGGACUGGACCUGGACUGGACCGGACCGGACCGGACUGGACCCGCCUGUAAAUAGUCCUUCAGUAAAACGUUUCUGACAGUCGGUACUUUGGAAAUAUCUACCAAAUAUUUAAAUGCCAAAUAGUUUGUUUCCCACGGCAACGCUGAUGUGAUGGACUGUAAAUGUAAAGUUUUUGUACUAAUCCUCCUGGUUUGUUUUCUGCUUUAGAUCAACUUCCUUUUUUGUAUUAAUUUAACUGUCAAAUAAUUUUAUUGCCUUCCUUCAGGUUUGGCUGUCUGGCCCUUUAAGCUGUUGUACAUGUGAUCCUCAAAGUUUUCUACACACUAGUUUGAUUUUCAGAGACCUAGUUUUGAAACGAUUUAUUUUGUAAGAAUUUCUUUGAUCUUUUAGACAUUUUAUUUUGCUUUCAUAUUUAUGUUUUAUGUGCAGAAGGAGAAAUGUUGGUUCAUCUCGAUAUUCAGGGGAUGUUGUGCGAUGAGCCGCGUUGACGGCAGCAGACCUGGACCCGACCUUCUUUUGUUUUUCUGUUUUUUGUUACUGAACCCAAACGCCCUGGGCGAGUCCAGGAGGUUCUGAAGGAGCGAGCCGACCUCGACGCCUGGCGGCGCCGGGGGGCGGAGCUCUGAGAUUGGAGUUGGAAAAAUAAAAAUGUGGGUCGUUCCCAGGUCUGGGCCGUCGGCGUGGAGAGAAAGUUCUGCUGCUUAAUGUCAAACACCAGUGGAGCGAAGAACCCAAUGAAUCAUUGGGUUCUACAUGCAGGUUCUGAUUUAUUAUUGGAAAUAAAGUUAUUUUUAUGCACAUUAACAGAUUAAA